AUGUAUCGUACCACUAUGCGAUCGGCCUCGAGGCCUGUAAUUGCCAGCUUGCGCUCCAACACGAUCCGCGCAGCCCCUCGACGAUUUAACUCGACAGCUACUCCCGCCGACAAGUCCCGAUCAUGGAAGAGCUCUGUGGCACGAUUGGGUCUGGCUUUCGGCGCUGUCUACUACUAUAACACAAGUCCCAUCUUCGCUGAUGAGGCUAUCUCAAAAACGGUUCCCGCACCCGCUGCCUUCUCCGAUGAUGACCUUCCUACCGUCGACUCCGUCCUCGAGGAGAAGCGCAAACAGAUCAGGGCCAAGAGCGAGAAGCCCGCCGAGUCAUCAAAACCCUCCGGGCCUCAACAAUCCAAUACCCAAGCCGCUGCCGCCGAUGGAUCACCUGCUGCAUUAGAAGAGGAGGCCGACCAGCAAGGAGCUUUCAACCCCGAGACUGGAGAGAUUAACUGGGACUGCCCUUGCUUGGGUGGCAUGGCUCACGGCCCCUGCGGCGAGGAGUUCAAAACUGCGUUCAGCUGCUUUGUGUACUCGACGGAGGAGCCUAAGGGUAUGGACUGUAUCGAGAAGUUCCAGGGCAUGCAAGAGUGCUUUAAGAAAUACCCCGAAAUCUACGGCGCCGAGCUCGCCGAUGACGAGGAUGGUGCUCCCACUCCCGACUUUGGCGAUGAGCAACCCGCCCCAGACGCUCAAAAGGUCCCCGCUACCGACUUCAAAUCACUCCCCGAAGACUCCUCUGCCGCAGCCGAGCCCGAUCAACAAGCCCCUCCCCGAGCCACUUCCAACGAAGCCGAGAAGGAAGCCCUCGUUAUCGAAUCCCGAAAGGUUCAGGAUGUCGCUACACCCAUAGAGAAGCCACACAACCCAGAAUUGUGGCAGGAUAUGCACAAGACUGAGGUUCCCGUGAAGGAGGUUUUCGUCGAGCCUUCACAAGCUCAUGAUGCUACUGCUGCCAAUGCCGAAAUCGAGAUUAUUGAGCGGGAGAGGGAGGCUAAGAAGAAGGCCGCGAAGAAGCAGUAA